AUGGUGGUGGACUGCGCCAUCGUGGAGCGGCUCCGCGCCCGGAUCGAGCUGUGCAGGCGGCACCACUCCACCUGCGAGGACCGCUACCGCCGCGGGCAGGCCGAGAGCUCGGACCGCGAGCACGAGAGCACGCUGCAGCUGCUCAACGUCGUGCAGCAGGGGCCCGGAACACGCAAGAGCAAGGGCGGCCGCGGGGCUGCGGGACAGCCGCCACCGGACUACGGCGCCAGGCCGUCCAACGGGGAGCUGAGGGGCGCCGAGGGGGACCACAAGAUGUCCACGCGCAUAGCGCUGCAAGGGUCUUUACGGCGAAAGCUGGAGGGACACGCCCCCAAGCACAACUCUGUCUCGUGCAGUUUUUCCGGGUCCGACUUCAAGCGAGUCCGGCUGGAGACCGGUGGCGGUCUGGGGCGAGGCCCGUGCAACCACGGCUUAAGCCACGCCCACUCUUCGCAAGCCCACUCUUCGGCCGGCGGGAAGAACUACGUGAUGCCGGACGUGUUCGACGCCACCCUGAAGGAGAUGAAGAAGGAACCCGGCGAGGCGCAGUCUUCGUGCAGCCGCUCCCGCGCCGACGCCGUCUUUGACUUCAAGGACGAAGGCGGCGCUCAGAUCGACCCGGAGCUGCAGGACCUUUUCGACGAACUGACCAAGUCGGUGCCGCCCCUCAACGACUUGGACUUGGAGAAGAUGCUGAAGCAGGACGACGCCUUCGGUUUGGACCUGGGCCGCCCCGGCUCGACGGGCCUGGGUUCCCCUUUGGAGAGGCCGAUUAAGAUGGAGCGCUCGCCCGAUUACGCUCAGGUCCACGUCAGCUCGCCGCAGCUGCGACCGGCUUCGGCGGGGCCGUCAUUGGCGCUGACCGCCCCCACGGCCGCGCAGAAGGCCGGCGCCCAGCAGUCGGGACCGCCGAGGUCCAUGCCCUGCUGGCCGGAGAUCUCCCACGCGGAGCAGCUGAAGCAGAUGGCGGCCAACCAGCAUCAACCCGGCACGCUUCUCCACCAUCAGCAUCACCAGGCGCCGCCCGCCGGGCUGGCCGGUUGGGGUCCCGCGAUGGGCCCCGCCUUCCAGGACAAGGGGGCGCGGCCGAGGCUCCCCCAGCACAGCAAGGGCGUCGCCAACUGCCUUUUCAAGUCCAACGGCGUCCACCACGUGGAGAUGAAGCCGCUCGCCGCCAAGCCCACGUUGCAUUUCAGCCCCAAGUCGGUCCCGCCGCUGCCGCCCUCCUCGGGGCGCAUGAUGCCCAUGAUGGCGGGCAACAAGACCGCCAACCAUCCGCAGCAGCUUUCACCUCCCGAUGCCCAGAACCACACGAAUCCUCCGCCUCCGCCGCUUCAUUUCCAGAAUCAACAGAUGUCCUCGUCGACAGCUCUCCUGCAGGAAGGGACGCUGCCCUUCAAGCUGAGCCAACAUCAGCAGGGUGUGCCCCCUGGACCGAGGCUGACCACAAACGGGGGUGUGGGCCAGCCGCGCCCACCGCUGCCCCCCCACCCGCUGAGGGCUCCCGCCAAAUCUCCCGCCAUGCACAGGCAACUCUCCCAACUGCACAGAGCCGAGAAAGACACGUCGCCGGAUCAAUUCAGCCGUCAUCUCACCAGGCCGCCGCCGGAUUACAAAAGAAGUGUAGUGGGCGGGAACAUCUUCCCAGGUGCAAAUCCAUCCCAGUCGUCCAGCGCCGUCCCAGAGAAGGACCUUCAUUCCAUGUCGUGCCACCUUCCCGGUGGUCCCGCUUCCGAGUUGAGCUCGUCGGAGCACCGCUUCGACUGUCACCCCCCGUCCUGCAUCGGACAAUUCCCCAGUCCUAACCGACUAGCGCCAAACCAUAACAAGGUGCGAUUCCUGGGCCCCAACGCACAAGGGAACACCUUCGGGAUGAGUAACGGAACCGGCGGGCCACACCCGAGGCCCGCGGCCGACCCGCAUUCCUCCCGGGUGGCGGGACAGGUGCCGGGGGCCGUGAUGACCAACGUGAGCUGGUGCUCGGCCGCGAAGCCCGUCGGACUCGCUCGGCGAAACGACACUCUGGAUCUGCCGCUGAACCAUCAGUACCAGCAGAGACCUGGUGGACCUCCCAACCAGGUGGCGCCAGACCUCCAGAUGCUGAUCAGAGAUGCCGGGUCCAGACCCACCCAGGCCAACAUUAACCAGUCCUCUCCGGAGCAGCAGGUUCCGGCUGUGGGCAACUUCGCCGAAACCGCUUCGGGCGGCUACCAGAGCGCUCGCACCAACCGCGUCACCUUCGACUUCCUGCCCGAGGGAGACAACACGGUCCCAGGUAUUAACACAGACUCAGACUUCAUCGACUCCCUGCUCAAGUCGGGCUCGGGGAACGACGACUGGAUGAAAGACAUCAACCUGGAUGAGAUUCUGGGAAGUCACGCAUGAGCGGAAGCGAUAACCAGUGACACAUUUAGAAUUUUAUACACUCCGAUAUGUUUGUUUUGCGAGUAUACUUCAAUGUUUUGAUUUGACUGUGAAAGGGUUUUGUGUCUCCUCGUACUACUACAUGAUGUCAUUAUAGACCUUUUCAAAAUGAACAAGAGGUGCCAGGGUACUUCCACGGCCGAAAGCGAUUGACUACCGCUAACCUGAACUGACAACGACGAGAAAAUGUGCUGUUUUUGAGUGAUUUAGCAAAACAUUUUCUUUGGGUUGGUCCCCCCAAAAAUAUCUGCGGCAUUAGUCGGCCGACAUACAUAUAUGAUGGACCCACAGUGCCGCCAAAUCACCUUUGGCAGCCAUCUUGCAUUGCCACUCCUUAAACAUGCCCAACUUGAAUACAGUACAUUGAUUGAUCCGCGGAGCUUUCACAUUAUUUUCUGUCUCCAGCACGAAAUGUCAUCGCGUGUGUCGUUACGGUUCUACCAAUAAUUUUGGGAGAAGAGCUACAUGCACACGUCAUCGGUAAGGAUGCGAUUAAUUAUACAGUAAAUGUUCUCUUUUAAGGCGUAGCGCCGAGUCCUUCUCAAAGAUUGCAUCCCGUUUUCAGCAGCCUCAACAAUGAAAUGAAAGAAAAGCCCACUGGGACAAAACUCUCUGCGAAAUGUCAACCAAACUAAGAUAAUAUACUCUGCAUGGUUGAUGCAAACAGUGAAGUUGGGUCUUUGAGAGGCUCUCAUUAAUCCCUACACGGUAUUUUUUUUCUCCAUCGAACAAAUGUUUUCAGUAACACUGGCAACGCAAGAUGGCUGCCUCCUCUUCCGACGCGAGAGGGAAAUGGUGAGUCCAUUCUGCCAACUAACAAUAGCUUGCUUUUUCAUUUCGGCACCAAAGGAGUAAAUGUGUGCUAUCAAACAGAUUUACGAUCUUGUUCCUCCUAGUUUCUUUUUUUAAAUCACUUUACUUUGAUGUAGCACCUUUUUUUUCACUGCCUCGGUCGUUUACGAGUGGUGCCAUCGAAAUUAUGGUUAACGUCGGACGAAAAGGUCUAUAAGAUGACAAAAAGUUCACACUGUGAAAACGUUGCCGUGGUGUUGCCUUCAAGUUUUUCACAACACAAAAUGGUUUCUUGUUUAGUUUUUUUGUUUUUUUUGUUCUUUUUAACUGUUGUCCAUGUUGUGGAAGCUUUUUCAAUAUACGGUCGUUUUUGGAUGAAAUUUCAAUAAUGUCACAAUUUUUUCCACGCGCUAUUUAAUAAAUAUUGGGCUAUUAACAAGACAGUACUGUAAAAUACAAUAAAUAAAUCCAGACAUUUGACCAUUUCAUCCCGUUUUAUUUUGUUGUAAAAAUAGUAAUUAUUUUUCCCUCUAUGUUUUAAAACCGUUAAUUACUUUGACAUGACAGGAAAAAAAAAAUAAAUUUGAUUUGAUCCAAAAUAAUUUCAUUGAAAGAUUGGACAGAGUUGUACGAAACACUAAUUUUCCUCCCCCUGAGGGAGCAGGAGACACUUUUGGUAAGUGGUGUUUAUCGAAUUUAAAAUGUGACUGUAGAACAAAACCUAUUAAUACUUGAGUAUUGAGUCCAAUUAAUUUGUAAAACUGCGAAAAGGUCACCUGUGGUUAAGCGACUGGCUGGAAGUAGUACUUUGCUUUCACCACUAGAGGUCAGCAAACUGUCGCUUUUCAUUGAUGCUGCGUCCGAGAGUCACGCGGGACAAUAUCU